GAAUAACUCCUGCUGAAGCGACUGAUCUCAACACUGUUAUGAAGAUGGUGUUUAUUAAAGAGGAGAGUGAAGAUGUGAAGAUUGAAGAAACAUUCAGAGUCAAACAGGAAGAUCUGCAGGAACAAACAGACCUAAUUGAAGAGAAUGAGGGGAGUAAAGAGGAGGAACAUCAUGUCAAAAUUGAGGAAAAAACUAAUUUACAGACUGAUAGUAUUUUGAAAAGGAGAGACAAGAAUCGUUUCACCUGCACUCAGUGUGGAAGGAGUUUUGGAAGAAAAGACCAUCUUAAGAUUCACAUGAUGAUCCACACUGGAGAGAAACCAUUCACAUGCACUCUGUGUGGAAAAAGUUUCAGCCAAUUAUCAUCCCUUAAUCAACACAUGAUGGGCCACACAGGAGCGAAACCAUUCACUUGCACUCAGUGUGGGAGAAGUUUCAACCAAUCAUCAGACCUUAAUAAACACUUGAAGACCCACACUGGAGAGAAACCAUUCACUUGCACUCAGUGUGGGAGGGGUUUCAGCCAAUCAUCAUCCCUUAAUCAACACAUGAGGAUCCACACUGGAGAGAAACCAUUCACUUGCACUCAGUGUGGGAGGAGUUUCAGCCAAUCAUCAUCCCUUAAUCAACACAUAAGGAUCCACACUGGAGAGAAACCAUUCACAUGCACUCAGUGUGGGAAGAGUUUCAACCGAUCAGCAAACCUUAAUAAACACAAAAAGAUCCACACUGGUGUGAAUAUAUGAGCUCCAAAAUUGAAACUGCACCAGACAACUCACACUGGAGAGACAGUACACUGUGACAAGAGGUUUAUUCAGUUAACACAUCUGAAAACACAAAAAAGGAUCUAUACUGGAGAGAAACCGUACAGAUCUGAUCAGUGUCUACAGAGUUUCGCUCAUUCGGCGCAGCUUAAGAAACACAUGGACAAAAAGUUGCACACAUGACAUGAAUGCAGCAAAACACUUUCUCAUGUUCACAGGAUGUUUCAUGUCUGAAUAAUGUUAGAAAAGGCUGAGUGACGGUAUACUGUUUUCCAGCAGUCCUACACUGCAGUAGGUGGGGUUGUAAAUUUGUUGCGCUCCUUGCGUUUACCAUAAACACAAUGAUGGCGGCUGAGAGAACAGUUUCAAAAACAUCUGGCAAACAGCACCACAGUGCAGAUACAUCUGUACUCUACUCUCCAGUGUAUUCAUGUAGCUGGUGUUGUUCUGACUCCUAGAAUGAGAAACAAAUCACUGGGAAGACACCGCAUUAUCAAAGAAGGUGGAGCUCCAGGAUGGUUAGUUUGCAGUAUACCAGGGCCUCAAGUUUAGAAAGCCCAUUUAAUUGCCCUGUGUUGCAGCUUUUAUUAGUAAAGUUUCUUUACUUUUAGGUUCAAGAUUCUUUCUA